AUGAUCCAAGGCAUUGAGUUGGCGCUGGUUCGACCUCUGAAUUCGGACUAUAAGGUAGUUCCCUCGUUUUCAGACGAAGACGAAGAAAUCGACUAUUCCGAUCCGGAAUGGACGCAUCUUUCCCUCGUCUACGAGAUCUUAAUCCAUCUCGUUCUCUCCGUGAAGAUCGACAACACGAUUCGAAAGCACUACAUCACGAACUCGUUUAUCACGCGACUCAUUUCGCUCUUCGAUUCGCCCGACCCCCAAGAGCGCGAAUAUCUCAAAAUGGCCACACACCGAAUCUACGGAAAGCUCACAAACCGUCGCGCCACCAUCCGCGGUGCGAUCAACAACACCUUCUACACGUUCCUCUACGAGACGAAGCGCCACAACGGGAUUUCCGUCCUCUUAGAGAUCCUCGCGUCGAUCAUCAACGGCUUUACGCUUCCCAUUCGCCCCGAACAUCGCCAAUCGCUCGAGAAAUCGCUCAUUCCGCUCCACAAAAUGCGCCAGUACGACGAGUACAGCGCGCCUCUCUCUUACUGCAUGACGCUCUACGCACAGAAAGACCCGUCGCUCAGCACGCCGAUCGUAAAAGGGCUGCUUCGCUAUUGGCCGACCGGAUCCAGCUCCAAAGAAGUGCUGUUUCUCAACGAACUGGAGGAUUUGAUGAGCCAACUCAACCCUGCGGACUUGGUUCCGUAUCGGGAAGCGUUGUUUAAGCGGUUUGCGAAGUGUUUGGAUUCGUGUCAUGUGCAAGUCACGGAGCGAAUUCUCUUUCUUUGGAGCGGAAAUGUUUUCUCCAAUGCGGUGAUUCGGGACAAGGAGAACGUGCAAGUGCUGCUGAAGGCGGUGUAUCCGUCGCUUCGGAGGUGUGAAAUGAACGCGACGAAUGAAUCAGUGAAGCAAAUCGUGAUGCAUGUGAUUGGUAUUUUUAUGGAUGCGGAUAUGGAGUUGACACAGCAACUAGCAGAUCAGUUUGAUAACGCCAAGUAA